AUGGGUCUAUUUGAGCCAACCGUCAUGUUCUUUGGCCUCACCAACUCGCCCGCCACGUUCCAGGCUAUGAUGAACGAACUCUUCCGCGACCUCAUUCAUGAGAGUGUUGUUGUCGUCUUAUGCAUACUGCGGGAGAACAAGCUUUAUCUCAAGCCUGAGAAGUGCGAGUUUGAGCAAACCAAAAUCGAGUACCUUGGCAUGAUCGUUGAGGAGGGACACGUUCGCAUGGAUUCUGCCAAGGUCAAGGCCGUCGCCAAGUGGGCUAUCCCAACGCAUAAAAAGGAGUUACAGUCAUUCCUAGGCUUCUGCAACUUCUACCGCCGCUUCAUCAAAGACUUCAGCCACGUCGCUCGCCCGCUCCAUCGCCUUACUGGAGACGUCCCUUGGGAAUGGGGCGUUGAACAACAGCUCGCAUUUGAGGAACUCAAGCUGCGCGUUAUAUCCGAGCCCGUACUCGCCAUCCCAGUCGGCAACUCCCCGUUCAGGGUCGAGGCCGAUGCCUCUGACUUCGCGACGGGUGCAGUGCUCUCACAGAAGGCCGCCGACGGCAAAUGGCACCCAGUUGAGUACGACUUUACACUCCACCACAAGCCUGGCGGCCUCAUGGGUCGUCCUGACGCACUUUCACGCAAAGCAGAACAUGAAAGGGGGGAGAAUGACAACCAGGACAUUGUCCUGCUCAAACCCGAGUUUUUUCGCGUCCUGCUUCGCGCUACAGCACUCGAUUUUGCUGGCGAAGACGAGCCCACAAUCCGUCGCAUCAAAGACUGCACCGUCAAACGCGAAGAAUCCGUUGAACUUGCAUUGCUCAUCAAGAAUCCGUGCUGGAAGGAGCACGCAGACGGCCUACUCACACACGAUGACCGCAUCUACGUAUCACCUGACGAAGCCUUACGCGCAGAUAUCAUCAAGGCGCACCAUGACUCGCUCAUGGCAGGGCACCCAGGACGCUACAAGACGGAGGAGCUUAUCACACGGACAUAUUGGUGGCCAAGCAUUAGGAAGAACGUAGGACACUAUGUGGCAGGGUGCCAGCUCUGCCAGCGCAUCAAGUACCGACAAGAAAGCCCUCACGCACCGCUCCAGCCCAACAAGACACUCACUCGCCCAUUCGAAGUCAUCUCUAUGGACUUUGUGGGCCCGUUACCCGAAUGCGAAGGCUUCAACAUGGUACUCAACAUCAGCGACUACUUCAGUCGUCACGUCAUCUGCAUUCCCUGCAGUGAUACCACAGACUCAGGCCAACUUGCCCAACUCUUCUACGACCACGUAUACAGCAAACAUGGCCUACCACGCAAGAUUAUCACGGAUCGCGGCUCCACCUUCAUCUCCUCAUUCACGUGUGCUCUCAUGGACCAGCUUGGCAUUGUUGGGAAUCCCUCCACGGCGUAUUAUCUGCAGACCGACGGACUUACCGAGCACUAUAACCAAGAGCUCAAGACCUUCCUUCGCCUCUACGUGGAUUACCACCAGAGCGAAUGGGUGAAAUACCUCAAGUUGGCGCAGUUCUCGUACAACAACACGGUUCAUUCCUCGCACCAUGAGACACCAUUCCAUGCCUCUGAGGGAUGCCACCCGUAUAGUGGACUCAAUCCCCGCGCUACAGACCACGUACCUGCCGCCACGUCAUACGCACAACAUCUCAAGAAGGUUCAUGAGGAGAUUGCAUCCGCACUAUGUCAGGCCAAGGAGACUAUGAAAGAGGUUUACGAUCGACACCACCAGGACGCUCGCAAUUACGAGGUUGGCGACCAGGUGUGGCUUGAAGCGACCAAUCUCAAAUCUAAACGUCCUUCGCCCGCACUCAAUGAACGGCGUCAUGGCCCUUUCAAAAUGCUCGAGAAGAUCGGUGCAUCCGUGUACCGUCUUGACACCCCUCCGAUGUGGAAGACGCACAAUGUGUUUAACGAGGCUCUCCUCACGCCCUACACCCCGCCUGCUUUUGCCAAUCCGCCAGAGCCCCCACCUGAGAUGAUCGACGGUGAAGAACGAUAUGAGGUCGAGGCCGUCAUCAACUCCAAGAUUAUCGGCCGAGGCACACACAGGAGCAUGAUGUACUUGGUCAAGUGGAAGCGAUACUCGGACUGCCACAACAGCUGGGAACCAGUCGCUAACUUGAUGCAGGAUGCCGACGAAGCAAUUGACGACUACCACAAGGCACAUCUGCGGCGUAUGCGUGUCUAG